AUGCGCCACAAUGAGAAGAAGAGUGGCAACAGUGGCUACGGGCGCGUGCUCUUCGACAUCAGCAAGGUCAUCUGCAAGUACUGGCGUGAGCUUUGUGAAUGGGUGCAGACAAAUGAGGGACACCCGGCAGGGUCGUCCAGUGCCUCGAAGAAACCAGAACCGCGCGUGGAAUUUUGGUCGGAGGGAGAGGACACGGACUAUGAAUCCCCGUCGGGUGGUGGCUGGCCCUGGCAAUCAAAGUCGCAGGAGGAGUCCACAACGGCCGAUGAUGCCCCACGCCGGUGGAAGCAAAACAAGGCUGACCGCACCCCCGUGUUUGGGACUGGGACUCCUCAAGAUGGCGCAGAUGCGGUGCCUGAAACGGUGCCUGAAACGGUGCCUGCCACGGCGCCUGCCACGGUGCCUUCCGAGGUGCCUGCCGAGGUGCCCUUGGUGUUUCCUGCCGAGGUGCCUGCCGAGGUGCCCUUGGUGUUUCCUGGGCAGUCAGAGCCGGUGUCUGCGUGGGAUGACACUAUGCCUGCCCGGUCGGAGCCGGUGUCUGCGUGGGAUGACACUAUGCCUGCCCGGUCGGAGCCGGUGUCUGCGUGGGAUGACACUAUGCCUGCCCAGUCACAGCCGGUUUCUGCAUGGGAUGACACGGUGCCUGCGCAGUCGGAGCCGGUCUCUGCGUGGGAUGCGCGUUGGGACCAGUGGUACACAGAGGAGAAGCAGAAGGAGGCCGAGGAGGAGGCCAGACAAAAGGCGGCAGAGGAGGAGGUUCAAAAGGCCGCAGAGGAGGAGGCCACACGAAAGGCCGCAGAGGAGGAGGCCAGGCAGAGGGCCGCAGAGGAGAAGGCCAGGCAGAGGGCGGCAGAGGAGGAGGCCAGACGAAAGGCCGCAGAGGAGGAGGCCACGCGGAGGGCCGCAGAGGAGAAGGCCAGGCAGAGGGCGGCAGAGGAGGAGGCCAGACGAAAGGCCGCAGAGGAGGAGGCCACGCGGAGGGCGGCAGAGGAGGCCAGACGAAACGCCGCUGCGGCCUCAACCGAGCCUCGGCAUCAUCUUUUCAGUGAGCAGGAGUACGCUAACCAAGCUGAGUGGUACCGUGCUCAGGAGGGGUGCUUCACAGGGCCCAUUGAUGAAUGCUUUGGUGCAGAUAAGGACCCAGAGGAGGAGGCCAGACGACGGGCCGCAGAGGAGGAGGCCAUGCAGAGUGCCGCGGAUACGGCGAGGCACCGCGCCGCGGAGGAGGACAGGCAGAGGGCGGAGGAGGCCUGGCAGUCCUGGUCUGGCUGGUCACCAGCCUGGUCUGAGCGUGCCUGGGGCUGGGAAUGGGAUGGCUGGCGUGGCCGUGACUGGAACUGGCAUGGGCAUUCUGAUGGGUGGGGCCGGCAGUGGAACCAGCAUGGGCAGCGUGCCACUGAAGAAUGGGAAUGGCCGCAGCCUGUGCCGCAGCAGCCUGAUGUGCCUGAUGUGCCUGAUGUGCCUGACAGCACUGUGCCUGACAGCACUGUGCCUGACACAGCAGAUCCUGUGGCUAAGCCACCCAGCAUUUGGGACACUUGGUGA